AUGGCAUCACCAGCCAAUGCAGUCCCCGAUACCCAGCUCGGUCUGACCAACGACGAGAUCGCCCUCCUGCGCCAUCACCAGCAAGCUGCCGCAUCAACUGCUGGCGGAUCUUCAUCUCGUGCAGCAUCCCGUGCAUCAUCCCAAGGCCUCCUUCUCCUCGAUGGCCAUUCUCUCGCGGCGCUCGGCCGGCACUUUGAUCGAUUGAUGCAGCAGAUACAAGAACGACUCGACUAUCUAUCCGAACAAUCCCAGAUGGUAGCACAACAGCAGUACGACAGGGCAGGCAAUGCGAUUGCCAUUGCAGAUUCCGAGAUCGCCAGGUUUCAUGACAUAUUACGGCAGAUCGACGAACUGGAGGUGGAUUUUGACAGGAUAAGACACAUACGAGAUAUUGUGAGAGGCUAUCGGCAGAGAGUGGAGGAGAUGGAGCAGCAGAUGGAACAGAGUGGUUCAAGUGGCCGGCACAGAUCUCGACAUCACGGCGAGAGCUCGGGGAGCUCGAGUAGGCGACAUCACAGGAGGUGA